AUUACAGUGGGGGGGACGGAGGGUGACAGCAGUAACAAACAGGCAGUUUCUGGGUGGGGGAGCUGCUGAAAGACGACCUCCAGCCCUGAUAAUCGCUCAGUAAGCAUCUAACAGUCUUAUUUAGUGGAGUAAAUCUUCCGCUGUUGCCCGCAACCGAGUGGUUUAACGCACUUAUUGACGCCGGGAGGAAAAGUUCGUCCGUAUUUACCCGAAACAGCUGGUGAAGUCCAGAGGAGGAGGAAGAACAUGGCUCAGGAGACCAAGCAAACUCAGGCGCCUCUGCUGUGUGCCAUGGGCUGUGGCUUCUAUGGCAACCCCCGAACCAAUGGCAUGUGCUCUGUCUGCUACAGAGACUUUUUACAGAGACAGAAUGGCAGCGGCAAAGUCAGCGACCCAGUGUCAGAAUGCUUCAGCGCUUUAGGAGAGUCUCUCUCGACGCAGUCAGCCACAGUCACGCCUGCAUCAGCACUAGAACAAAGUAGUCAAAGCUUGAUAACGCCUGCAGUAGAAGCACAAGAGGAGAAGACUUCAGCAGAGGCCCAGGACAAGCGGAAAACAGAAGAAGUAGCAGCCUCUGGAUCAGACGUCUCGGUGCAGUCCUCCACCACUGAAGUGGACAAAUCCAAACCGAAAAAGAACCGCUGCUUCACCUGCCGCAAGAAAGUGGGCCUUACUGGUUUCGACUGUCGCUGUGGGAAUUUGUUCUGUGGCGUUCAUCGAUACUCCGACGUCCACAACUGCUCCUUUGACUACAAAGCCGAAGCUGCUGAGAAGAUCAGAAAAGAAAAUCCAGUCGUGGCUGGAGAAAAAAUUAAGAAGAUCUAAGUGGCCUGUGAUAUGGACCCCCCCACCCACUGUUUCCCUCGUCUUCACAUUGAAACUGUCAUAGACCCUUCAAUCAUGCAUGCCACACUGAGUUGCAUCGUUCUCUGAAAUAUAUUUCCAUUCUAAAUAUUGUAUUGUGUGAAAUGUUACAGACGUUUAGAUUUAUAAAAUUUUAUUAUAUUUUCUUUUGAAUUACUAAUGGGGCUUUCCUUCUAUUGUGGUGAGACUACUCGAGGGGCUGGGCUUUUCUGGAAUCUAUAAAUGAACAUGGUAUACAGUCAUAUGCAAAUGUUUGGCCACCCUUUGUCAAAUUGCAUGUUUUGUCUUGUGUAAAAGUUAAGGCACAUUUUAUAUUUUAGGGUUUUUUUUUAUUAAACUCGCAAAAAUUGCAGUAAAUGCCUAUAUAUCUAUAUUAUAUAUUACAUAUAUUUAUAUUACAUAUUUAAGUUCACUAUAGAAAUUUGUGUUCACUUAUUUUAACAAAAACAUGUACUUUGAGUUGGGCUUGGGUGUUCAAUCUUUUGCAUACGACUGUAUGAGUGAAGUUUUUCUCUUUUGCAGUUCUAUGUUCAAAUACUGAAUGUAAAUGGAAGGUGAGGCUUCUGUUUCACAUCAGCGGCUUAAAAAGUGUGAAAAUCCUUUUUGUGUCAGUUAGCCUUGUCGUCUGAUUUUUUAUUAUGUUAUGAAAAGGGUUUAUAAUCAAUAAUUCAGGAAGGUAUGUGUGAAUAUGCGAACGUAUGAGAGUGUGUUUCUGAUCUGUCUCUGGAGAUUGUUGACUAAUAUAAUUGCGUUUCAUUAA